AGAAUUGCUGGCUGCUGAUAAUUUCUACACCACUAGCAAAACAAAAACAGAAAGGUUAGGAGAUUUAAGCGGAAGACGUAUUCUUCGCGGAAUCAGCUGUCACGCGACCUUCAAAUUUGCAUAAGACACGCAGUUGAACAGCGAGUUCCUGAAGGAAAUCGUUUGAAGGAUGGUUCGAGCUUGGUUCAUGGACACUUCUGAUGCAGACCAACGGCUGGAGCAUCAUAGGAAUCCUCCUCAGUUCAUAGACCUUGAUGAGUUGUACAGGACUACUGGUGUUGAAUAUUUUAAGUUGAAUCCUAAAACAUUUAUAGAAGAUGGAGAACUUGAAAAAAUCAAGAAAAAGCGUGGAUACACAUACGAAGAUGAAAUCACUUGUUCAAAGGACUGUUUACCAAACUAUGAAGAAAAGCUGAAGAGCUUUUUCACUGAACACCUGCAUACAGAAGAAGAAAUAAGAUUUGUACUCGAAGGUUCAGGAUACUUUGAUGUACGGAAUGGAAAUGAUGAAUGGAUUCGUAUUGAAGUUUUACCUGGUGAUAUGAUCAUAAUUCCUAGUGGAAUAUACCAUCGAUUCACACUUGAUACAAAGAAUUUUAUUCAUGCUAAAAGGUUCUUUAUUGGAGUACCAGUGUGGACACCACACAACAGGCCAGCUGAUGAGAUGGAUUGUCGAAAGCAGUAUCUUAAACAGUUAGAAAAUGGGUUUGAAGCAAGACAAAGAGGACUUGGUAGUUCAUAAAUUCUCUUGUAUGUCAGAUUUUAGUCUAAGGUUCAGUUUUAUGGUAAAACUUAAAAAAUGGGAAAUAUUGUAUAUCACCAUGUAAAGUUAUAAAAUGGGUCAUAACUUUUUUUUGCUAUGGUACUGGGAACAAUUGUAAUCAAUUAUGAUAUUAUGUGGCAGGAUAAGGAAAAUAUCAUUUCUUGAAUAUGAAAGAUAGCUUAUCAUAACAUUGUUAAUAAAUCUAUGCAUUUCUUUGUUUCUGCUGACUAUCACAUAGAGUAUUUUAAACUACAGGAACUGUUGUCCUUCAAUCUAGACUCUAUGUACAUUUCUCAACAGGCACGGGACAGUGAAUAAAAACCUAUUGAUCUUCAUA